CACCGUCGCUGCUGAGAAAGCGGCCCGCGCUCCCGCGCUCCCGCGGCCGGGGCCGGCCAGGAGGGACACGCAGCGCGCCCCGCUCGGACCCACAUGGCUUGUUACCUGGUCAUCAGUUCGAGACAUCUCAGCAAUGGGCACUACCGGGGCAUCAAAGGAGUCUUCCGAGGGCCCCUCCGCAAGAACGGAUCUCCCUCUCCGGAUUUUCCAGAAAAGGAGAAGUCCACAGCAAAGGCCCUGGAAGAUGUAAAGGCAAACUUUUACUGUGAAUUAUGUGACAAGCAGUAUCACAAGCACCAGGAGUUUGACAAUCAUAUUAAUUCUUAUGAUCAUGCUCAUAAGCAGAGGCUGAAGGAAUUAAAGCAACGAGAAUUUGCUCGAAACGUAGCUUCAAAGUCAUGGAAAGAUGAGAAGAAACAAGAAAAAGCUCUUAAACGGCUUCACCAGCUGGCUGAAUUAAGACAACAAUCUGAAUGUGUUUCUGGAAAUGGACCAGCAUACAAAGCUCCCAGGGUAGCCAUAGAAAAGCAACUUCAGCAAGGAGUCUUUCCAGUUAAGAAUGGCAGAAAGGUAUCGUGCAUGAAGAGUGCUCUUCUCCUUAAAGGAAAGAAUCUGCCCAGAAGCAUUUCCGAUAAACAGCGGUCCCCCAUGCAAAAUCGACACCAGUUACAAAUGGACCGACAUUAUUUAUUCAGAAAUCGGGUACCACAGACCUCUUCGGAUCUCAGCAAUGCGAAUCACAGGACAGGAGUAUCAUUUUCUUUUUCCAAAAAAGUGCAUCUAAAAUUAGAAUCAUCAGCGUCAGUUUUCAGUGAGAACACCGAAGAAACCCAUGAGUGUAACAAGUCACCCGUCUAUAAAGCAAAACAAACUGCAGAGAAAUGCAAGUGCCGCAGGUUUGCAAACGAGGAUACAUAUCCCACUAAGGAAAAAAAUAUAAACAUCACACCAAGCCAUCUGGAAAGCGUCUUACACAAUACCUUCUCCAUAAGCUCUCAAAUCUUGCAAGACAAAAAUGACUCUAUUGAUGAAACACUAGAAGAUUCGAUUGGCAUUCAUGCUUCAUUCUCUAAAUCUGAUAUUCAUCUUUCAGAUGUGGAUUUUCCUCCUUGCAGCAGAGAAAAAGAAACUAGAAGUACAUUGAAGAACACUUCAGAAAACUGCAUAAAUCACUCGUGCCAAGCAAAUGCUUCCUCCAGCCCACCAAACAUUUACAAGCACAGCAAUGCCAGGGUAUUUGAGUAUCUGGAUGAGUUUCCAUCACUGGAGCCAAGUGAGCAAAACAGUACAGUUCAUCUGGAUCCCAGCUCUAGAAUGGAGAAGAGAGAAGAAUCUUUAGAGGAAACAGAAAGAGUUAGGAAAAAUGUACAGAGGCUUGUAAGAGAAGCAUGUCCCCAUGAAGUGAAGUCUAAACCAUUGCCUUUUCUCCAUGUACAAAGUAAGGAUGGCCACACCACUCUCCAGUGGCCUACAGAACUUUUGCUCUUUACAAAAACAGAGCCCUGCAUCUCUUAUGGAUGCAACCCAUUGUAUUUUGAUUUUAAGCUUUCUCGGAACACAAAGAGUGACCACGGUUCAGAAGACCUAAAAAAAGAACUGAUUAAGGAGCCCUCGGAAAUGAAGACAACAAUAGACAGCCAAGUCUCAGGUUUAAUCAAAGACCAACAAGAAUUGAUCCAAGAAAAUGAUCAAUCUCUGAAACCAAAGAUGAUGAUAGCUAAUCCAGAUUGGGAAAAUUUCGAGAGAAAAUAUAAUUUGGGCUACAAUGAUUCUGAGCCAAACAUGAGUCAACAUAAUUGUAAUACAAGCGAUUUGGAAAUGAAAAAUCCUGAAGUGCCUGCUUACCUUGAUAUGUCUCUAAGGAAUUGUGUAGGAAACAGUAAUAAUAGUGAUAAUGAACUCAAGGCGUCCUCAAGGACCCAUUGGCAAAGCUGCCAGAGGGUGGUUCUAAAUGAUGCAAACGAGGGCCUUGCUUUUUCUCCCUACAUCUCUAGGACUAAAAAACCAAAACUGAUUCCUUGCGAUCCUCAUUCAGAUUUUGAAGAUGCAAACCAAUUCACUUGGAAUUCUAGUCCUUACCCAGUAAGGGGUCACAGUGAUCCUGGGAAGGACUUUAGAGUAAUUCUGAACAGUAACCACAUCAGCAUGACCAGCAGGGCUUCUGGAUGUAGAAACCAAACUUACAAGAGAAAUUCUCCAAAAUUGACUCUGAAUAGACUUUCUAGCCCCUCAGACACAUGCCCUGGCAGCACAUCCAGCUUGAGAAGUACUUGUUCAGGUCAUAAGUCCAGGGGUAAUGGCAGAGGUAAUUUGCUCUACUUUUGUAAAAGGGAACACAACUCCGUUGAAAGGCACGAUGGGAGACACCAAAAGCACAGCUGCCUCUGCCUGUCUGAGGAGAUGGCAAGGAGCACCUGCCUGCCAUCUGAAAUACAGAGAGAUAGGAACUUCAGAUUGUGGGAAUCCCUUAAGAAGGAAAAAUACUCAAAACACAGAUACGGUCGCUGCAGAGAAAGAUCUAAACUGGGCAAAAAUCAGCAGCAGUUUUCAGGGCCCAAAUCCAGGAGACUCACCCAUUGUGACUCCGGCUCACAGAUGUCCUGUUCUGGGAACAGUGAAGAACCACCAAAUUGCCAGGGACCUCAGCUCGGCAGAUUGGGCUCUUGCUCCAGAGAGAGUAUGUAUUGCUUAAAUAAAAGUGAGAGAAAUCCGGAGUCUUUGGACAGCCCUCAUAUCUGUGACCUGGGAAAAGUAAAAUCCAUGCAGUAUAGCUCGGGGAGUAUCAGCUGCCGUCUAAGGAGCUGUUCCAGCGGCCCUGCAGAAGCCGCGGAGUUGACAGAAGGAGAGAGGGCCCCCCUGACAGCCAAAAGCCUUUUAGAAAGAGUCCAAGCCAAGAGGUGUCAGGAACAAUCAACUAAUUUUGAGGUCUCUUCAAAGAAUCAUAAAAACGAAUCCGAGGCUCAUUCACAAAUUCAGCGCACAGUUCAGUGUGAAUUCACACCACUGGGCUGUAACCGACCAGCAUUGCCUUUGUCUGACAAAACACAGAGCGCAAGCGCAAGAGGAAAGGAUACAGGCGGUGCGAUGCCGUGGACUGCAGAGCAUGGCAAAGUCCAAAGUUCACAGACAAAUACUUUCGCCCUUUCAGUAGAUCCUGAUUGUGGUGACCACCUUUCUAAAGGCAAGAUUCAUGUAGUAGCAGAUUCUCAGCCACCAAACACGAGAAAGAACCCAGUGACAAGAGAACAAGCAAAACCUUUAAUUGGCCAAGUCCAACAUACCAUUCAGAGCCGUGACCCGGUACCGAAUGAUUUCCCUGGUGCUUUUCCGUCUAAUAGAUAUACUGGUGUUACCGAUUCAACAGAGACCAAAGAGGACCGAAUAAAUCUCGACUUGCAGGAUGUAAGCCUGCAUAUGAAUCACGUAGAGGGGACUGUAAACUCUUACUCUGACAGAACUAUGCAGAAGCGUGACAAAGUGGAAGAUGAAUCAGAAGCGUGUCAUAAAUCUAGCUCGCCCCCUUUAAUUCAACAGCCAAUCACUUUUUCUCCUGAAGAAAUAGAUAAAUACAAGCUCCUACAGCUGCAAGCCCAGCAGCACGUGCAGAAACAGCUCCUAUCGAAGCAUCUUCGAGUGUUGCCUGCUUCCGGGCCCACCGCCUUCGCCCCGGCCUCGGCCAUCCAGACGGUCCCAGUCCACCAGCACACUUCUAUCACCACCAUCCACCACACCUUCCUGCAGCAUUUCGCUGUUUCUGCUUCCUUAAAUUCCCAUGGCAGUCCCAUCCCCAUAGCUCAUCUGCAUCCCCUCUCCCAGCCACACUUCACCCCAUUUGCAUUUUCACCUCUGACUCCAGCCAUCAUCCCGGCCCACCCUACUUUCUUAGCGGGCCACCCCCUGCAUCUGGUCACUGCUGCUCCCUUUCACCCACCUCACAUCACACUUCAGCCCCUGCCCUCGGCGGCAUUGAUCCCGGCAUUGUUUGGCCCUCACUUAAACCCAGCCACGGCUUCUAUCAUCCACUUGAAUCCUUUAAUCCAACCAGUGUUUCAAGGUCAAGAUCUUUGCCAUCAUUCUUGCUCCAGUCAGAUGCAGCAGUUAAAUGGAGUGAAAGAGGCCUUAAAUAUAUCAGCACACUUGAACUAAUAGGUGUCAAAGCCCCUCUUGUGGAUAAAUAAAACAAAUUGUCACUACCUACAAAAUGAUCUAUUUAAAGUGGUCUGAUUAUUAUUAAGAUUUGAAAUAUUGGUGCCAAUUCAAAAUGUGACCAGUAUAUAAAUAGAAACUGAAUUGCCAAUAUCAAAAUAGGAGCAUUUUAAGGAUUUCUUUUAACUCGCAUAAAUAACAGAACAAAUUGAAAAUAAUUUUGUGGAAGGGUAGGGGGAAACCUGUUAAAGAUCUGUUUGGAUGAGUUCUCACAUAAUGUUACAAACUGAUAACAGAAAAAAUUCAGGCAGAUCAUUGAUAUUACAAAGAAAAUCAAAUGGAACAUAAUAUUGUAUGUUCUAGGUGUUUGUUGAGUGAGUGAAUGAAUGAAUCGCACAUUCGGUUUUAUGCAUCAGAUAGUAAUGAAAGGCCAGUGAAAUAAACUGCUUAUUAAAACUAACUCCUAUGGUUAACUACUGACUGAGCUUUCGAUCAAUAUACUCUGUUUCAAUCAAAAUAAUUUAUAUUUUCAUAGGAAAUAAAAGAUGGCAAGCAAUUUUCUGAUUAAUUCAAGUUAAAAACUACUCUUCAGUGAAAACCAAUCUUUACACAGAUUGUAUUGAGUUUCCGUGAAAAAUUGGGUCAUCUUCAUUUCACACACAUCUAUGUUAAGGGAAUUUUGUAACUGUAAGAAUAACCAAUAUCUAAAAUUAAGAAUGUUUAAUUUUUGUAUAAGAAAACAUAUAUAAGCUAUCAUUAGUAUUUGAUAAUGCAAAAUAAAAAAUAAAAUAUAUUCAACAACA